AUGGAACGACCAACGUACACCGAGGAUGACUUGAAUAGCUCUACCACCACCAUCAACGGCAAAACUAACGACACAAAGCGAGGCAGCACUCGGCAUGCUGUCUAUCGAGGUAUCCGGAAAAGACAGUGGGGCAAAUGGGUGUCGGAGAUCAGAGAACCACGCAAGAAGUCUCGCAUUUGGCUCGGUUCGUUUCCCGCCCCGGAAAUGGCUGCUAAAGCUUACGACGUCGCCGCCUUUUGCUUACGUGGAAGUAAGGCGCGGCUAAAUUUUCCCGACGAAGUGGAAGGUUUACCGAAGCCGUCGACGUGCACGGCUAGAGAUAUUCAGGACGCAGCUGCAAAAGCGGCGCAUUCGGUAAUUUCGCGUAAUAAAAACAACGUAUCAGCCGAAGAAGGGAAUGGACAUGGCGGUGAAGACUUCUGGGGUGAAAUCGAAUUGCCGGAGCUAAUGAUUAGUGGCUGUCAAUGGACAUUCGCGGCGGCCGACUCGGCGUGGCCGGAAGGAGAGGCUCUGCAACAGUUCUUGGCAUGUCUUUGAUGGUGUGGUAGAAAAGAAUAAA